UGUUUCUCUUAUCUUCUUCUGAUUCUGAUCUGAUAUGGCGUCGCUUUUGUUGGGAGCCCUUCCAAUGGCUUCCACAGGUCUCUCUCCUCCCCCGGCUCUCUCCUUUUCUCGAUCCCAAUCCCUCGCCGGCGCUGCCUUUCCGCUUUCUUCAGUCUCCUUCUCCACCUCCGCCGUCCCGCCACCGCUCCCAUCAAUUUAUUGUGGGAGAGGUGACAAGAAGACGGCCAGGGGAAAGCGCUUCAACCACUCCUUCGGAAACGCAAGGCCAAGGAACAAGAAAAAGGGGAGAGGGCCGCCGAGGGUGCCGGCGCCUCCAUCGCCGCCGAAGAUGGACCGGUCCGACGAUGACGAGAAAGUUAAAAUUGAAAUCGACGAAUCGCUGUUUUCCGGUUGAAGAAGAAGAAGAGGAGGAGCAGCGAUGAGUGAGGCGCUGCUGCAUCUGUUUGUGUUGGUUUGAUUUGAUGUAAUUUGUGUUGGUGGUGGGGGAUUCAUUCAUCUACCACCACCACCACCACCACCAUUACUUUGCUUAUUUACGCCUGCCCUCUCCCUCUUCCUUUCCUCUCUGCUUCACUUAUCAAACAAUCAAUCAGUCAGUCAGUCAGUCAGUCAGUCCCAUGCAUGUAUGGAUUGAGGAAGAAUUGAUUUUUUUUUUAAUUGACUUUCUUGCUUACUAUGGA